UGCCAGUAACAUGAACUUAGCCAUGGAGAUAUGUGAAAAGUUCUGGGAUGCACCGGACACACGCUGCAGCUGGCAAUAAAGUCUGGUUUAGUCUUACCUGAUGUGGUGAAGGCCAUUGAUGCAGCACGGAGAGUUGUGAGCCACUUUCACCACUCUGCACUGGCCACCUGCGCCUUAAAGAGACGGCAGGAACAGCUUGGCAUAAGAGCCAACAAACUCCAGACUGACUGCCCGGUCCGGUGGAAUUCCACAGUCGUCAUGCUCCAGUGGCUGUUCGAACAAAGAAUUGCUGUGCAAUCUGUGCUUUCAGAUGAAACAGUCACAAAACCAGCUGUCCAGAAGUCACUCGCUAUGCGGGCGUCACAGUGGGAGCUGGUGGAACAGCUUAUUCCGGUACUGCAGCCCCUGGCCAAGGCUACUGAAAUAAUGUGUGGUGAGCUGCAUGUGGGGUUGUCUUUCAUAUAUCCAGUCAUUUUUAACAUGAUCAACACCACGCUGCGUGUUCAAGCAUCUGACCUUGCUGCAGUGCGCACCUUCAAGAUGACGGUUCGAGAGCAGUUAGAAAAACGAUUCAAGCUGGAGUCGGAUGACCUGAUGGAAUCCAUCCCUAUUGUGGCCUGUAUGCUUGAUGCCCGGUUCAAGCAUCUUCAGUUCAUCCCAGAGAGUAAAAGAGAGGCCGCCCAGAGCCACCUGAAUGCCCUGCUGGAGGAGGAGGCAGAGCCGCUUGCAGCAACAGGUGAGGGACCGGGUGUGCAAAGUGAAGACGUGGAUGAUGGUGAGGGAGAACCAGUAAAAUGGAAAAAAGCCAGGCUCGAGCAGGAUUUUGAACAACUUUUUGGCCCGCACUAUCAAAGUGGAAGGAGAGCGGGGAAUUAUUCCACCGCAGACGAAGAGGUCCGUAAUUAUUUGCAAACACCGCAAAUGCAGCCCACCAUGCAGAACCCGCUGCAGUGGUGGGCUCAGAACGUGGACAGAUUCCCCCGUUUGGCCAAGCUGUGCAAACGUUACCUGGCUGUCCCAGCAACAAGCACACCCAGCGAGAGGAUUUUUUCACUGGCCGGAAAUACCAUCACGCGACAGCGGGCAGGCCUUCACCCAGCUCACGUCAAUGCGCUUGUGUUCUUGCACGCAAACCAGGACCGAAAAACAAAACCUGUGAUUGAGCAGGACUGUGAUGAUGACUAGGCUUGCAGGCUCUUGCCUGUGUGUUGUUUUCCUCCCAAAUUGUUUUGUGCAUUACAGUAUUUUCUUUUGCACCCGUGGGAGAUGUAACCUAACAUAACAUGUAGGUAUGUAACGGAAAAAAAAUGAACAUUGUUAAGAGUUGCCGUUAAUACUUGAUCCUAAAUGCUGUUAUGUAUAA